GGACAUCGGUGUGAUCUUGGGGGAGAUCCACAAAAAGUUAGCCCUCUGUGUUUCCAUCUCAUAAGGUGCUUUUGAGCAAUCCAAACGAGGUAGAUUCAAGUAUUUCGGUGGAGUUUCCUUUUUAGUUGUAGCGCAUGUGAUGGAGCGCUAAGAAGAUGUGAACCCGGAGCUUGAUUCUCUAGCCUUUACAUUUCCUAGUCAUCAAUCCUUGUCCGUUCUUCUUAAAGCGAUACCUUGCCAUUAAAAUCCCAUUUUCUCAAAUCCACGAUUUCAUUUUAAUUAAAGGAGAGAAUUGAGACACACAGUAAGGAAAGCAAGAGAGAAGAUGUCGGACUGGGGACCAGUAUUUGUGGCGGUGGUGCUGUUUAUACUCUUAACACCAGGUUUGCUGAUUCAGAUACCGGGUCGUCAGCGAUUAGUUGAGUUUGGCAACUUUCAGACCAGUGGAGUUUCUAUACUGGUUCACUCCAUCCUCUACCUUGCUCUCAUUUGCAUUUUCUUGUUAGCUGUUGGUGUCCACAUUAGCAAUCUGUACUCUACAUAAAUGGCAGACUGGGGGCCAGUGGUAAUUGGGGUGGUGCUGUUUGUGUUGCUCCAACCUGGUCUUUUGUUUCAGUUACCAGGAAACAACAAGCAUGUGGAUUUUGGGAGUUUGAAGACGAAUGGAAAGGCUAUAGCUGUUCAUACUCUCAUCUUUUUCACUGCCUAUGCCAUUCUCAUCUUGGCCGUUCAUGUGCACAUCUAUACUGGCUGACUACUCGAGUACUUGGUAUGUUUGUUUGACGACGUUGUUGAUGGAUGGGCAAGAUCUAUGUGUCUUUCUUUGUUUUUUCUUUCUUUUUUCCGCUAAAGAAGAGAUAGUCUCUUAUAGCUAAUGAUCAUGAUCUAUUAGAAUCUUGGCUGCUAAUCCCAGUAAUUUGAAUAAGAAGCAUGAAGCACUGAUCUUCUAGUGCUGGGUUGAUUAAAUGAGUGCUUGAAAUUGAAUGUGUGGUCUGUUUUUCCAUUGAUACACGAUGCAUAUAUACCAUCAUCGAUAUUAUUGGGAUCCAUUGAAUGUUUAAAGA